AUGGCAAGUGAACAACGAGUGAAAAAUACAAUAACAUUAAAGGGCUCUUCUCAACUAGUCACAGAAUAUUUGAAUUUUGGAAUCAAUAACAUUUUAUAUCAAAGAGGGAUUUAUCCACAGGAAACAUUCGAACAAACUAAACAAUAUGGCGUAACAAUAUUAGUUUCAACAGAUCCGAAAAUAAAAGCUUUUUUAAAUAAUAUUCUAAAUCAAAUAAAAGAAUGGCUUUUGGAACGAACGUCAACAUUAAAAAAAGGUUUAUCAAAUCCUUUGACAUCAAUUGAAAAUCAAUGUGAAAAAUAUCCAGAAACCGGAAAUAAAGAUUUAAAAGAAAUACAAAUGGAAAUAAGAGAUGUUAUGCUUCAAAUAUGUUCAACUGUUACUUUUUUACCUUUGCUCGAUUGUCUUUGUUCUUUUGAUGUUCUCGUUUACACAUACAAGGAUUGUGAAAUACCCAAUGAAUGGGAUGAAUCCGAACCUUGUUUUAUAGCAAAUUGUCAACAAGUUCAAUUUAAACCAUUUUCAACGUCUUUGCAUAGAGUUGAUACCGCCGUGUCCUACAAAGGAGAUUUUUAA